AUGGCUUGCAUCUGCUCCAUAGUACCAAUUGAACGUCUCAAGCCACCCCGCCAGCUGUACAACCACUCCUCCUACCUGCCUGAAGCCACGCCAGCGCCACGACGCACCCCUCGCACAGGCACUACCUACCUACCUACAUUACCAGUGCUCCCUUCCUCUGCCCUUGGCCUCGACGCUCGUCCUAUUUAUUUUCCAGUCCUCACCAACUCUCACUCCAUCUCCUUGUCUUGGUGUUACAAGUCUACUCGUCUACCCGUGUCCGCGUCUACUCCCUGCUGGCUAGGUACCUACCUACCUACCUACCUACUCAGAACUGGAACUCGCCUCGAUACCACCAGGGCUCACAUCGCUCGCUCUACUGCCCUCGUCUUCCUUGCCCACGGCAUUCCCCAGGAAUAUCCUCCCAAGACAUGCACAACGUCAAACAACCUGCAGCGUCAGCAAGCCACCUUUUUUCUUCAGCAAACGGCGAUUCGUUACCUACCUCCACCUGCCUCGUAUUGCCUGCCACCUCACCCACCUCACCCAGUCACCACCCUCGCCAUGUCUAUAUUUUCCUAUCUCCGAAAGAGCCGCCAGCAGGCCAAGGAGCACAAUGCAAAGCUCGCCGAGCAAAAGAAAAAAGACGCCCAAGCAGUGCCGUACCGCCACAUUCCGACGCAUGCCGCCUCCGACGCCAUCGCUUCGGCGCCACCCGCCUGGCGAGAAGUCAACGACAGGCCCCGCAUCCUCGAGCAAAAUCGCCGCCGCAGUGCCAUGGCAGCCGCCGGCUUCUCCCUCAGCACGCCCUCAACCACCACUAUUCCCGCCAUCCCGCGCGUCACCAGCAGCCUGUCCUACGUCUCCUAUCCCAGCGGCGAGGCCACCCCUCACGUCGGCAUGCCCCGCGCCUACAGCUCCAGCAGCGUUCAUCAUGCCUACCCGCCGGGCCGCGAGAUUGUCUACUCCAUGCCCGACGCCGCCCUCUCUCAGCCGUCGUCGUACAAAGGCAAGGACGUCUACCGAAACUCCUUUCCGGCCUACGAUAUUUCGGGCGGCAGCAGCAGCGUUGUGAGCAAAGACCCGACACCGGAAGGCAGCUCUAGGGCAUCCAACAGCUCUCAUGAUGAGCUGGAAAUUGUCAUGGCGUCCUCCGCUCGCCCAAAUACAAAGCCUGCCCCGAAUCUGCAGGUGCCCCUAGCCCAACCAGUCCAGCAGCUGCAGACAUAUCACCAGGUCCAGCACACCCAGCAAGCGAAGCAGCUUCAGAGUGCCCAGCAGGCUCAGAUUCAGACCGUCACGCCCACAGCCCAGCCUGCUGUGCCAGUAAUGGCCGCUCAGCAGCCACAAACGCCCACUCCCGAGUCUCCGCGACCAGCGUCUGUCCACUCCCACCGUCUGCACCCGAGCCACCGCCGCACCUCCUCAGAGACUUCCGACAGAACGGCGGUGCCCGUUAGCACCAAGCCCACCGCUAGAGACGCGCGCCCCCCGCCCAUGUCCAUGAGAGGCUUCAACUAUAUUCCCACCACGCCAACCCAGCAGCAGCCCGCCGCCGCCGGCCAGCCGGAACUCGCCAGCGCGGCGCACCAGAGCACCCCCCAGCAUCGCCUCAGCACUGGUUAUAGCGGCUUUGCGCCCAGGGCUCCUGCGACGCCCGUCACCGCGCCGCCCGCCUCGCGCAACUCGAGCGACGUGAACCUCAGCUCCUUGGCGACCCGGAGCGCUAGCCUCGACCCGUCCGGCGGGCCAGCGACGCCAUCCUCUGUUGGCCAAAGGUCGUACCAGUCCCGCAUGAAGGAGCACACAUUGCCGGUCCAGACGCCGCAACCACAACCUGAGCUGGAGCCCAUUGUAUCCAGCAACUACACGCGCCACAGCCGCUCCGAGAUGCCGCCACCACUGGCGCACGACAGCCUCGUCAACAUUUUUCCUGAGCCGAUACCCGAUUCGUACGACACCAAGUCCAGCCGCGGAAAGCUUGGCAAGGUCAAGAAGACGCGCUGGUCGUUUGCCAAGUCGUCGCCCAUCACUGCAUAA